AUGGCGGAUCCUAGAAAUCAACCAAUGACAGCCAUGUAUGAGGCGUACAUGGCAAGGAAAAGACGCAAAAUACUCGACAGUGUAGAUGACGAGUUCGCCAGAGAAACGAAAGAGCUUGUCCUUAGCAACUUCCUCAACCCAAAAUACAGCGAUUUGGCAAUCUUCUGUGAUGAUGAAAUCUUUCCAGCACAUAGGAACAUCAUCUGUUCUCAAUCCAAGUACUUUGAGGUAGCUUGUGAUGGACGCUUCAGGGAAGGUGACGGACAGAUAAGACUCGAAGGUCAAGAUCCAAUCCUGGUCAAGAAGACGCUUGAAUUCCUCUACACGGGCAACUAUACGUACGACCCACCAUUAUAUCUAGAGAUGGGGCGACUGUCAGAGGCCGAGAUUGAACCCCUUGCAGAAAUCGGGGGACGGACGGGCAUUGUAAACCCACGAUUCGGGGAGCCAUAUUUCGAUGCGCAGAUGUACGCCCAGGGCGACUAUUUCCAGAUUGAUACUCUCAAGUGCAAGGCGAAGAAGUACUUCAAGGAGUCCUUUUUGAGGUACACUACUCGAGACUCGUACACCUCUGCUGUCAUUGAAGUGUACAGCUCCACAGCGGAGAAUGAUCGUGGACUCAGAGAUCUUGUCGUGCAACUUACAACCAAUAACCUGCCACUCCUGAGAAGGGCGGCGGAUCCUAUACUGCACGAUAAUCUUCUGGAGUGUAUUCCCAGCUUCAUGCGUGAUAUUUGUCUUUCUGCGGUGGAGAGGUGCGCUCAGCUUUAG